AUGCGCCGGCCAACGUCCCAGGCAUUCCUGGUCUGUUUUUGGCGUCCGAAGCGGUCCUGGGAUGGGGUCUGCAGUGGUGGCCCCGACUUCCAGCCCCUUGGGCAAAUAGGGUGCAACCAUGGACCCUUGGGAGCGCGCAGCGUAAAGACGGUCGAGGGAUGUAGGGCCUCCAUGGCCCAUCCCGGGGGUUCAGAGCUGAUCCUCGAAGUGCGGGUCAUGAGAUGUCGAGUGCCCGAAGCAUCGGCCAACAACCUCCUGGGCAAACUUGAUUUGUUGAGCUUCAUCCAGAAAGAUGAUCGCAGGCGAUUCGCGAAGCAAAUAUCUGCUUCCUUCUCACGCCCUCCGGAAGAAGUCAUCGCAGCUCAUCAGGUGUAUACUGCUGUGAGAGGAUUUGAGCGAUGCCCAAGAACAUGGGUAGCGAGUCGGGAACGUGCCUUGGUCUUCCCUGUCGCUCUGUCGCGCAAGUCCCAAAGUCCAGCAAACUAG